CGCUUCAUGGAGACUGGGUCGUUCAUUAUGAACUAUUUAUACGCAAAAGAAAUGAGUUUAAAAUGCUGUACGGUAAAAUUGUACCACUAUGUUCGUACACUUUUGUACACGUACAAAAUUUGUACACUGUGUUCGGUGUUUUUCUGAUGUCAGAUUUGAAAAAAAAAAAAUGUUAAAACGUUAGCUAGCUCGUUAGCCUCUGACGUUAACGUUUCCUUCAUCGAGACUAAUAAAACUGGCUCAGCAGAACUGCUUCCCGUUUUUACCUGUUGCAUGUCUAUGUCGCAUUUUCCGUCUAAACCUUUAACAUUUAAGGUGUUGGAAUGCAUAAAAUAACUGUGAAAGUUUAAAUAAAUAAAUAAAAACCGAAUGCUUCUGACUGAAGGACAGACUAACGGAAAACUCCUGUGAACAGUUCGCUCAUGAGGGAUAGUUUUAAAACUGCAAAUUCAGCUCAUCUCGGACUUAUUCACUCCUCUAUCCUGUCUUAUAGAGUCUUGGCAGCUCCUUCUGACAUUAAGAGAUUAUUUACCAGUAUUCGGGUGAAUAAGUUUUUCUUUUAAUAUUUUCUCUCAAAGUGGAGUAUGAAGCGACAUUACUGAGUUAUAUAGAGGAUAUAACGCUGACAUAACCUACAGGGGCGUGAUCAGACCUCUUACAGGGGUGUGGCCAGGUUAGGCUUCAUGUAUUUAUUGCGGUGGAAGUCUAGAAUGGAGCAAAAAUAUUAAACUGCAUUCAUAAAAACACAUUAUGUUGCUCCACCUGUCUGUUUCUGGACCCAACAGACCCUUUUUGUCACGAUUACGUCACAGCGCUAGCUGGAGGCAAAACAAAGGGAAAACUGGAGGCGGCUAAUACAAACCAGCAGAGUCGGCUAUAUGAGGAACGCAAAUAUCCUCUUGUUGUGUUGUGUGACAGAAUCGAUGGGGCUCCAAUUUGAAGUUUUAUUACAUACCUGCUGGCACUGCCGGACAAAAAAAAAACCCAUGGAAGCUGUGGUCAAACGCAGUAUAACGAAUGGAGACUAAACAAUGGAAACUGUUUGUCAUCUCCCUUUGUACAGCUGCCAGAGUCACUUGGUUUUUCUAUCAGAUAGGUGUAGAUGUCAGGUCACUCAACCUGAGGUCAUCCGGCCACAUCCUCCAUCCACUGAGUGAGCGUGUACGGGUCGGCCAAUCUGGUUCCAUCCAUUCAAGUUCAUUUUUUCAAAUAACAUUCGUGGUCCUGGACAGUGAGUGAUUCUAACAGAAAAGGGUCUAUAGGAUCCCAGUGAACAUAAAUAACACUCCUAAACCUUACGGUCAAUGUUUAAGGACAAUGAUUAAAUCAACUCAUCCUGGACUUUCACAGUGAGAAUUCACUUCUGCAUCAUAUGACAUGUUUAAAGCCACUUUCGAUACUAAUACUAACAAUAACAAUGUUUUCCUCAGGUGGUCAGGCUUCACAUUAGCGUGGCACUGUCCACCCCUUAUAGCAACUUGUCAACGAGUCAGUCCUGGAGCAGAAUAGUGAAAUGGCUUGGUGCCAUAUAUUUUAGACCCAGGGACCGGUUUGGAUUUUUCUGCCAUCAGAAGCUUGUGCCAGUUUUGUCUGCACUGAUUUGCUCUUCUUUCUAGAUAGUUCCAGUUCAGUGCUGCAUGGACCAGCUGCCCGCUGUAACAGGGAAGUGGCCAUCCCAGUGGGUAGUGUUGCUUCCUCACAGCUACCUGGCUCUGUGUGGAAUUUCUCCGUUUGUUCUUCCCACCUGCGAAAAGCAUGCUAGGUUGCCCUGUGAUGGACUUGUCAUACCAUUCUGUCUCUCAUAGUUGAGGUGUACCUAUGAUGAAAAUGACAGAUCUCUCUAUUCUUUGUAAGUGGGAAAACUUGAAAAAUCGGCAGUGUAUCAAAUACUUAUUUGCCCCACUGUAUAUCAUAGCAGAAGGCAUUAACACAGUUUGUGUCAUGGUUACUUUAGGUCAGGUCAUUUUUGUUGUGCUGUAUAUUUGGAAUAAAAAGUAUUGAGUUGCCUGCGUAAUCAAAUUGGUGUACUAUAGCAACAUGCACAAAGUGCAGCUUAAUGCCAGAGGGCAGAAGUGUGUGUGCUUAACAACGAUACAACAUGGUACACCAUGUAAUAAUAAAUUAUUGCAAGGACUGUACAGAUGUUUGGUGGUAUAGAACAAAGAGGAUAUGAGAGGGAGAGCAUGGUGAAAUAGAUCAGUUCUGACAGUACUUUAUUUUUCAGCCUAGAUCCUGCUAUCUGACUGGUGUAUAUACCUAAGAAAUUAAAGCUGGAAGUAACUUACUGAAGAUUUAAUGAAACCAGACUGACCAGUUGCUUGGAAGUGGGUUAAAAAAAUGCAAACGCUGCUAGAAAAUAAAUGUUCACUCCCUGACUUAUUUUGCUUUCCUACCCUGCAUUUCAGCAGCUCAUGGCUUUAUGGAACUUUUCCAAAUCUUCUUGCUCAUUGCCUAAGAGCUGAGCUCUUUAACUCUGCACACAGUAGAGUCUAUUCAGACCCACGAUGGGCAAUCAGGAAAACAUGAUUUAGUCCACUGAGCGUUCUGAACUGAUAUUUAAACCGAAGAGUGAAGCACAGUUUGUCCCUGUGCUCCUGAUUUUUUUUAUUCUUUGUAAUUGAGUUUUCUUUAAAUCUGAUAAGGCCUGUGUGUUUUCCACUCGGUCAUGAGACACGAGAUACUCACUGCCUUUUUGUUUUUUAAUGCAAACUCUGCUUGGAUUGUUGUGAGUAAAAGUUUGUCCAGCCAAGACGUGUUCAUGCGCAGGAUUGUUUAUAAUUGGUUUUAUGAAUGAUUAUAGAGACCUCGAGACCGUUAUCGUACAGCGUGUGCUAUCGGCUGUGCUCAGGUUUAGGAACUCUACAGUUUCAACAUGGGUGACUUUGAUAAGAUCUGGCGCGAGCACUGUGAAGAUGAGCAGACACUGAACGAAUAUGCCUUUGCCAUGAAGAGUCUGGCCGACAACCACUGGGCCAAGAAAUGUGAUGGAGAGGGACGCAUCGAGUGGUGCUGCAGUGUUUGUCAGGAGUACUUUAUGGAUGGUGGAAUGAAGAAGAUGUUGGAGAAGGAUGCAAAGGCUAUGAAACAUGCUGCAGCUGCAAGUGGGACACCUUUAAAACCAGACUCCUCUCAGUCCAGUUUAAGCUUCCGAAAGGACAAGCUGCGUCUCCUUGAUGUGGGCAGUUGUUUCAAUCCCUUCCUGAAGUUCGACGAGUUCCUCACAGUAGGAAUCGACAUAGUGCCUGCGGUUGAGAGUGUGUACAAGUGUGACUUCCUGAACCUACAGCUUCAGCAGCCCUUGCAGCUAGCAAGCGACGCGCUCAAUGCAUUCUUGCACCAACUGCGUGACCCUAUCGAGACUCUGCCUGGGCAGCUCUUCCACGUGGUGGUGUUCUCCUUGUUGCUCUCCUACUUCCCAUCUCCGUACCAGCGCUGGCUGUGCUGCAAGAAAGCCCAUGAGCUACUCACACUGCACGGCCUGCUCCUGAUCAUCACGCCGGACUCAUCGCAUCAGGGUCGCCAUGCACUCAUGAUGCGCAGCUGGCGCGUGGCCAUCGAGUCCCUGGGUUUCAAGCGGUACAAAUACAUCAAAUUCUCCCACAUGCACAUGCUCGCCUUCCGCAAGGUCUCCGUAACCACCAGCAGCGACCUAGUGAGUCACAACUACCCCGAGAUGCUGUACAUCCCGCAGGAUUUUGGCACGCUCGAUGAAGACGACGCGUUCGGGGACUCGUACCAGCCAAUACGCUCCGACUCUGAAGACGAGCAGCUGGCGCAGAGUUUCGCCGAGCUCCCCGACGCGUCCUACGACUCCGACUCGGGCGAGAGCCGAAGCAGCUUGGCACCGUUCCAUGAACUGGAGGACCCCAUUCUACUGUACAGCUGAAGCCCAGUCUGUUUGUCCAGCAUUGCUUCUUCAUAGUCACGCUGGCAGAAUAACACCUUAAUCUUUCAUACCCUUAAUGCUUUUUAAAAGAAAGCUCCCAGCUCUUUUAUCCCUUCUUUUCAUGUGAAACGAUGCAGUUUGCACAGUUUAUACAGAUGAACAUGUGCCAUGGAAAGCUGGCCAGCUCCAUCUCUCCCAUGUUGCUAUGUGACGCCAUGACAGGCUUCUGGUGUAGAUGAGUAACUGUCACUCUUCAUUUGUGCUCAUAAACAAAGUCUUUAUUGUCGCAGGUGCUAACGUCACACGGGAGAGAGACGGCGUCUGUUAAUAUUAGAGAGAAAGGAUGUUUACACUUGGGUGAUGUUGAGCUUUUUAUUGAGCACAAGAGUUUUACACGUUUAAACAUAUCCACACAGUGGUGACACUGGGUGUAGUGGUGCGAUCGAAGCAGGUCGAUUUGGUGAGUAAAGCAGCUGAGCAAGCUCAGGAUUCGUGUGCUGUUAUUCAGUGCUUCUUUAUGGUAUGAUGCGAUUUGGAGAUAAUUUUUCAAGAAGACCUUUUAACCUUUUGUAUCAUUGCACACCAUCCUUGGUGAAGAAUACCAGAGUUGUCCUAGUUAUUGUGCAGAAUUUAUUACGCAUCGUUUAGUCUCUUCAUGAUCGGUUAGCUGCUGUAGAAUGCACUCCUUGUGGAAUUGUACAUGAGCGUCUUUGAAGUGAUAUUUAUAGCAUCUUAUGUCUUUAAAAACUCUGUAUUGCACUGACUUAUAAGACUACGUGUUUUUCUACAGGUUUACUUUACACGGUACGGUUUGUAUGGAUUAGUCGUAAGAACGAGCCGAGAAGACGAGAUGGGAGGUGGGUUUGGGUUUCUAUAUUGUGUUUGAAUAAUUGUUCUUAACUUUAUUUUGCGAGCGAAAGAGCAUAUUUUGGCUGUGAACUCUGUUUGAUAAGGUGACAGACACAUAACCAGUCCAUAUCUGCUUUUCAGUGCACAUGUUAAAAAGAAAAAAAAGGUUUGCCAUAGCUUUGCUGAUUAUUGAAUGGUCUGUUUCUUUCAGUUUUUAAGGCAAACUCUGACUUUCAAACAUCUUAAGCUGUCUGUGCUUUUAUUAAUGAUAACAGGUUUAGCUCUUACAUACAUCCACUGAACAUUUCUUGCUAAAAUCAAAUUAAAAAUAGUUUGAAGAAUACUUCAGACCUUUGAAAGUGUUUUUGGGCGAUUAACCUUGUGAGGUUUUUCUCAUAUCAUAUGUUUAUUUGUACCAAGUGCUUUAUAUCCUCUUUGUAUCUCACUGUGAAAUGAGCGCUUUCCUCUGCUGUGGCACUCGUUUAAGAACACUCUGUUUGGAGACCUUUAAUAAGAGCACUUUAUUUUCCACAGGAAUAAUCACACGCACAUGCGAAGGCUAAAGUGCACAUUCAAACAUUUUCUUAUCCUGGCUGAUUCUUUACAUUUGAGAGAGAUAUUAACCCUCUUAUUAAUAUAUCCAAAGUGAGUGAGUCUUAAAGCUUUGUCUGAGUGGUUUUUUUGAGAACACAAGUCACUUUUGAAGGUGCUAGAGAAGUUUUGAAGAUUUUUCUGUGUCCAUACUAAAGGAGCACACUGGAACGCUGGUUCUGUCUUUUAAUACAGAAAGGGUUAGAAAAACUUGUGCCUUUUAUCCUUAACUGUAUUUUUACAACUAAAAUGACUGGAUUAAAGCAAAAUUGUGGUUCGCCGCACGAAGAUGGACAAAUACGUAAUGGGACAGAAGCCAAACUCUGAACAUUUUGAAGACAUGACUGACUCUUCAGCAGACAUGGUGAUAAUCAUCACCACUUUAUACUGUCACUUUAAUUGCAUUAGCAAUAGUAUUCUAGGCUUUCUGUUAAGUGUGUACUUGCUUCAUUAGAAUAUUGGACAUUUUACAAUGAUGUAUUAUGUGACAUUUUGCUAAUAUGUGAGGUGGUACAUUGUCCUUCCUUGGUCUUAUGUGCAUGGAUAGUUUCUAUUUAGUGUUGAAAUUCAAGACUAUCAGUAUAAUUUUUUUUUCUUGCAUUCUGCUCCAUUAUAAUUGUGUUGCCCACACAAACAAAAUGUUAAUAAAGAUAUACAUCAAUCUGG